AACCGAACUUCUCACUUUGAAGAUGACUGUCCAAACGAUUGCAGUGGCGAUUGCUCUUUUAGGUCAGCUUUCAGGUGUUUCCUCCGAACGACACUUGAGCUGGAGAGUAAUCGGGGGACAAGACGCCGAAGAUGGUUUGUACCCUUACCAGGUGUCGGUAAGGCAUCAGGGGUACGCGUCGAGGAAAGUCAACGAAACCCACUGUCGAGAUGAUUUUUCAGCAGACUACCACUUUGGUUUCCACACCUGUGGGGGUUCUAUCAUCAGCAGCGAAUACGUUCUUACCGCUGCGCAUUGUGUUUCUUAUGAGAAACCCGUAACGUUCCUGGUCGUGGUAGGCACAAACACCCUCAAUUCCGGCGGUGAAGCGUACGCAGUAACGGAAAUCCACUGGCACGAGGAUUUCAGUAUGUGGCAUGGCCAGAAUGACGUCGCCGUGUUGAAAGUAUCACCCCCUAUCGAAUUCGCAGACAACAUAAGACCCGUACGCGUGGACGAAGACAUCGAGGUCGAAGUUUUGGACGAAGUCACCCUGAGUGGUUGGGGCACCACCGAUCGUACCAGCAUGACGCCCAACAAGCUGCAGCACAUUAAGCUCAGAUUGCUCGACGUGGAUUACUGCGACAGUCAGCACCAGCUGGCGGUCACCGAUAGUCAACUGUGCACGUCCACCUUUCAUGGGAAGGGCGCUUGCAAGGGGGAUUCCGGCGGGCCUCUCGUGAAGGUACACUCAAAUAAUGGAACCCGCCAGAUUGGAAUCGUGUCGUUUAGUCGUAACUGUGCGGCCGGGUACCCGGACGUUUACGCAAGAGUUGCCAGCUAUAUACCGUGGAUUAAAGAAAAGUGCAAUAAUUGUAUUUAAAUGACAUACCUAAAGUAAAUUUUUCACAAACAAA